AUGGAUGUAUUACCUCCUCUAAAAAUCGAAAAUAAUUUAGAGCUAGGUGAUUCAAUUAAUGGUAGUGCAUCAUUCUCGUCUCCAACAAUUGCGGAUGAUUUCAAUAAUGAUCCCUUCUUAAAUGCCGAUUUUUAUGCUUUCCAAUUAAUACAUCUGUUGGGUCGAGGGAGCUACGGCGAUGUAUGGAAAGCUAAGUGUAACAAAAUAACAGUGGCCUUAAAGAUUAUCAAGUCAAAUGAAGUUUUACGAGGAAUAUUCUAUAAAGAGGUCGAAGCAAUGCGUUUUUUUGAUCAUCCAAACGUAAUUGCUAUAUUUGGUGCAUGUGUUCGUCCAGUACAUGCUAUAGCAAUGGAGUACAUGGAAUGUGGAUCACUUGAUCAUUUAUUACAUGUAACAAAAAAUAUCGAUUAUAAAGCGGAUCAUGCUUUUCAUUGGGCUUCACAGUGUGCUGAUGCAAUGGCUUAUAUACAUGGAAAACAUUGUGCUCAUGCCGAUUUGAAACCAGCCAAUUUAUUGCUUCAAGAUAACUAUCAUCAUCUAAAAGUUGCGGAUUUCGGUACAGUGAUAUAUACGAAUUGCGAUAUGGACUAUAGACAAGGAUCAGCAUCAUGGAUGGCUCCUGAAGUCAUCAGUGGUUCACCACCAUCCAAGUAUUCAGAUUAUUAUAGUUUUGGAAUUAUUCUUUGGGAAAUUAUUACUCGAAAAAGACCAUAUGAUGAAUAUAGCAAUGCAGAGGAAAUAUUGUGGAGCGUUUACGCAGGUUCAAGGCCUCCUGUCAUUGCAAAUAUUCCAGCCAGAUUGAUGCAAAUGAUCGAAAGUUGCUGGAAUGAAGUGCCUAACGAAAGACCUUCCAUUCAACAAAUCCAAAAAGUACUUUGCAUUCUUCGUCUGAUGUAUCCCAAUUUCAAUGAUCCAUUGACCUAUGCAGCAAGCCGUUCGAUAAAUGAAAAGACUGCUGCUCGUAAGGAUAAGGAUGACAGUGCAGGAAAUAUUCCUUUUUUGAUGAGGGAAACUGAUACGGGUAUCGAAUGUGAGUCAUCAUCUAAUUGUUAA